GAGGCUGGGGCUUGGGUCAGCCGGUUGGGCUGGCCAAGAAUUGAGUUUUCGUUUGCUCUUUGUGGGAUGCGGAUGGUCUCUUGGGAAGAUUUUUUUUACUCUUACACGAUGAAGGGAGUGUAGCACAGUGAAGACGGAUAUAUUCACGUAGAGCAUCGAAGGGAGGACGAGUGGGUGCGUGCGCGACGCAUAGAGAUAAUUCAAGAUCGUUUUUUCUUAGUAAAGAAUCAGCUCUCAGUGCUAACAGUGUCAGUGUUUUAGUGACGUGUUUUAUCAAGCUAUUAUCACCAGGAUAUCGAUCAAGAGUCCAUUUUUUCCCCCUUUUUUUUUUUGAGGAAUAGUUUCGUGAAAUUAAGAGAUCUUGCAUAAGGAGAAGGCGAGCCUUUUUUUUCUACCCAUCAGGCAAUAAUUUUCAAGCCGCUCUGGCUGUGGUGGAACAGGUGCAGGUGCGGGCGCGUCUCGUGUUUUUUCAUCGAGUGCAAAGUUCAACGGCAAGGUUGAUUUGAGAAGAAACCCCGGGUCUUAAUUUGGAAAGUCGCCGUCGGACGUGACGGCAAUGGGAGACAAUAAUCCCGGGCGGAGCAGUAGCAGCGCCGCUGAUGACGAGGCUGAAACGUCCCCGACAUCAUCGUCAACAUUUUCGACCUCAUCAUUGGCAACAAUGGCAAAUUCUGAUUUUCGUACAUCAUCAGCCGGUGGACGCGGAUCAGCAUUGCCGACGACAGCAACCCCAUCGUCAUCGCCGGGGUGUGGCUGCGUCGUUUCUCCAGUUACGGAUCCUGAAAUCACCAUCAGUAUCACGCCAACGACAGGUGGACAGUUUGAUUUAACUGUUGAUCGUAAUGAGACAAUUGAAAAUUUAAAGAAGAUCAUUUCAAAGAGGCUCAAGGUCGCUAAGGAACGGAUUUGUUUACUACAUCGAGAGAGGCAAUUACGAGAGGGAACAUUGGAUGAAAAUCGUCUUCAGGAUGGUAGCCGAUUGACAUUGUUGCCAAGUGUAGAAACUGGAUUAUUGGCACAACGCCCAGAGCAAAGUGUGAUGCAAGCCUUGGAAAGUUUAAGCGACUCGCAAGUUAAUGAUUUUCUUUCGGGUAAAGCGCCACUUAAUCUAACGAUGCGCCUUGGGGACCAUAUGAUGCUGAUUCAGCUUCAAUUAUCAACUGUGACACCAGCAUCUCCUGUUAUCAGAUCCACUAGUCCAACGAGCAGUGGAACGACCUCAUCAUCGGGAAGUAAUCUCAAUUCAACUUCAAUGGGAACGAUGACGAAUCAUGUCACGACACCAUUAUCGAAUCGAAGAUCAACUGUUCUCUCGGCUCGUUCAACAAGCUCAUCGACAAAACUUCAAAAUACAACAGCAAGGACCUCUUCAUUAAUUAGUAGCUUAACUUCUGCCAAUUGCAAUACAAGUCUCUUUACGGCAACAACAACAACAAAUUGUUCCGAACGAGCAUCGCCUUCACCGACUACUUCUUCUCCAUCAUCUACUUCUUCUUCGUCAUCAUCAUCUCCUGUUUCACAUCCUUCUCAAACAUCAUCACCCGUUCAAUCAUCACGUAGCACACCAACUUCACCUCAACCAAAUGGUACCAAUGCAACAUCACCUCGCCAAUCCUGCCUCUUACAUCACCAUCAUCACCAUCAUACACAUCAUCAUCAUCACCAUCAUCACCAUCAUCAUCAUCACACGAGAAAAAGCAAUUCUUUAAAUAUUCGCACACCAAAUUCCACUUCGGUUGAAUUAUUUCCAUCUACCUCAAAUGUCACUGAUCUUUCAUCAAGAGAUGAGGAUUGUGACACAACACCGGCAAAGAAAAAAUUGUGCACUGGUCAUCAUCAUCAUCAUCAACAAACUACAACUGGAAGUAGUUCAAUUAGUUCUCGCAGUCCAUCAAAUGAGGAACAUUGUUUGACAUCGAGUACUGAGUCAUCGAUGGGAAUUGUUGAUGUUGGCAAAGGAACAUCGGCAACAUUGGACACGCGAGCUCUUGCGGAAGCUUCUCGUAAUUUAACGCAAAAGCUUAAGCAGCUAUCCUCUGAGGAAAAUGCAAGACGUAGACAAGGUGCGAUAAUACAAAGUAUGCAUCAUCAUGGAAAGGGUGUUUAUUCGGGAACAUUUAGUGGAACUUUAAAUCCAGCUUUACAAGAUCGUCAUGGUCGACCAAAGCGAGAUAUUAGCACUAUCAUUCAUAUUCUUAAUGAUCUUCUUUGCGCAACACCAGCAACAACUGCAGGACAUUAUAGGCAUCAUCAUAGGCAUUCGAGCACACGUCAAAUUUCCUCCACGUCGGCACUUUCUGCCAAUUCCUCAGUUGCUGGUAAUGGAAUGUCUACAGCUGCUUGCCUUGAAUCGCCUACUCCUGGAUAUUCUAGUGAAGAGCUCUCGAAGGAAAACGAGACGACGAAGGGAAAAUUACGGCGUUUACGUUUAGUAAUGGAGCAACGAAGAGCAAAAAGAAAAGCCAGAAGACUAGCUCGAGCAGCACCAUAUACAACUCAAUGGGCAGCAGUUACACCGGAUCCUGAUCCAAAUCACGAUCCAAAUACACCAGCUGCAUCGCCAAAUUCCAGUGGCUCAGCGGCCAAUGAUUCUCAAACAGAGAAUGAUCUGCAGCCUUGCAAUACAGAGCCUGUUGUUGCUUAAUUUUUUUUUUCUCUCAUUUUAAAUCGGCCUCUCGCAGAGUCGUUUGAACUAGAAAGCGCAAAAAAAAAAAAAAUAA